GCGAGAAAUUCUUUCCGGUGAAGUAUCGCUGUUUCUCGUGAGACUUGGUGCGUGAGCUGGUGGAUGCAUUUCCUUCUUAAUAAAUCUGAGUGCAAUCCUCACCAUGUCAGGUGGUCCAGCUGUCCGAGUGAGUAUAGAGUCUGCCUGCGAAAAGCAGGUCCAGGAGGUGUCCCUAGAUGGGAUCGAGACCUAUGUCCAGCCCCUGUCAAUGUCCCAGAACCUGGCCAAACUCGCCCAACGCAUCGAUUUUGGUCAGGGGUCUGACUCGGAGGAUGAAGGAGGAGAGGGGGAGUCCAGGGACCAGGAGUGGGGGAAACAAGAGGCUGAGGAGGAUGAAGCCACUGUGAAGUUCCAGCCCUCACUAUGGCCCUGGGACUCAGUUCGGAAUAACCUGCGGAGUGCACUUACAGAGAUGUGUGUGCUGUAUGAUGUGCUAAGUGUGGUCAAAGAGAAAAAGUACAUGACUCUGGACCCUGUCUCCCAUGACGUCACUGCUGGAAAGACACCCCAGGUGUUGCAGCUUAUCGGCAAAAAGAAAUCUCUGGCCACAGCAGCUCAACUGCUGCUGAAAGGUGCAGAGAAGCUCAGUAAGUCAGUUGCAGAAAACCAGGAGAACAGACGACAGAGAGACUUCAACUCGGAGCUGCUCAGGCUUAGAUCCCAGUGGAAACUGAGGAAAGUGGGGGACAAAAUCCUUGGAGACCUCAGCUACAAGAGCGCAGGAUCAUUGUUUCCCCAUCAUGGCACAUUUGAAGUCAUUAAGAACACAGACAUUGACCUGGACAAGAAGAUCCCUGACGAUUACUGUCCUCUUGAUGUUCAGAUUCCCAGUGAUCUUGAAGGAUCUGCUUACAUCAAGGUUUCUAUUCAGAAACAAGCUCCUGAUAUAGGUGACCUUGGGACUGUGAGCCUUUUCAGAAGACAGCCAAAAGCAAAAUCAGGUUCUCAGCCCUGGCAUGCUAAGCUGGAAGCGGCCCAGAACGUCUUGCUUUGCAAGGAGAUAUUUGCGCAGCUCUCUCGAGAGGCGGUGCAGAUUAAAUCCCAGAUCCCUCACAUUGUUGUAAAGAAUCAGAUCAUCUCCCAGCCUUUCCCAGGUCUGCAGCUCUCCAUUUCAUUGUGUCACUCCACCGGUGAAAAGAAAAAUCAGAAGGCCUCUCCAGAAAAAUCCAAGCCAGACGAUCACCUUUAUGUGCUUGAACAUAACCUCCAUCAGCUCAUGAGAGAGUUUCACAAACAGACCCUGAGCUCAGCGGUAAUGCCGCACCCUGCUAGCGCCCCCUUUGGACACAAAAGGCUGCGCCUUGCCGGGCCUAUGGCCUUUGAUAAAGCAGAGAUCGCCUCCCUGCAGCAGAAUGAAGGGCUCCUGGAGAAGAUUAUCAAACAAGCAAAGCACAUUUUCCUCAGGCGCAGGACGGCACGAACAAUAGACAGCCUGGCCAGCCGUAUUGAAGAUCCGCAGAUUCAGGCUCACUGGUCAAACAUUAAUGAUGUUUAUGAAUCCAGUGUUAAGGUUUUGAUUACCUCACAGGGCUAUGAGCAGAUAUGCAAGUCUAUUCAGUUGCAGCUAAACAUUGGUGUGGAACAGAUCCGCGUGGUGCACAGAGAUGGCCGGGUCAUCACUCUCUCUCACCAAGAGCAGGAGCUGCAAGACUUCCUCCUCUCUCAGAUGUCCCAGCACCAAGUCCAUGCGGUGCAGCAGCUGGCCAAAGUGAUGGGUUGGCACGUGCUGAGCUUCAGUAACCACGUGGGCCUGGGCUCAGUGGAGAGCAUUGGCAAUGCCUCCGCCAUCACAGUGGCCUCACCCAAUGGAGAGUUUGCCAUUUCUGUUCGUAAUGGGCCGGAGAGCGGCUGUAAAGUCAUUGUGCAGUUCCCCCGGAGCCAGUGCAAGGAUCUACCCAAGAGCGACGUCAUCCAGGACAACAAAUGGAACCACCUGCGUGGGCCCAGCAAGGAGGUGCACUGGAACAAGAUGGAAGGACGGAACUUUGUGUACAAAAUGGAGCUUUUGAUGGCAGCUCUCACCCCGUGCCCAUAAAUCGGCUUUUUGUACAGAGACAAACGAGAACCUCAAGUUGGGUGAAGAGCUGAGAAAUCUCAUCUCCUGUGAAACUUAAAGUAACGAACUCCUUGAUUUGGGGCUGAGAAAAAAGGACUCGUCUGCCUCACUCUUUUUUUGGCUUUCCUUUCUUUCUAGAUCAAUUAACUGCAAUAUAUUAAAUUGUGUUCAAACUUUC